UGCACCUUCAGGAACAGAACCUGACCUGAGGGCUAUGGUGGAAUUCCUCACAGAGACGGUGGCCUGCCUGGUCCAGCGCUUACCUCCCCUGCCGGCGCAGGAACUGGACGUUGAGUCCGACGUCUAUGUGACAGACAGGGAGGAAGAUCUUCACCCCCCAAUCAUCUCCCCCCAUUCCCCCCACGAUCCCGAUGUGGCGGGUGAGGGUUCCAUGCCAGCAGUGGACGACUGGCUAACUGGCUUCGCAGGGGUGGGGCACCGUGAGGUGUCCCCCGCCAUCAUUGGCUUCGUCCGGGGCCACUGGGGUCCUGACGGGAGGUCCGAACGGUGCCGCAAGGCCCUUGCGGACUUCCCCCGUUUGAAGCUCCCGUUCCUGGUGGUUCCGGAUUUGAAUCCGGAAGUGAAGGUGCUAGCACUGGAGGCAGCCCGUCAGCGGCGACGUCCAGGCGACAGUGAACCAGAUUGUGGGAGCGUGAGGCAACGUGAUCAAGCCUUGCGGGAUGGCCAAGCUGCCAUCGUCUCCGCGGUGAGCCCCUUGGUGGCUCUCUUGGAGCAUUGUUCCGAGGAAUCAUCUACAGCUCCAGGGGACCCACCUUCUGGAAUGCCGCACGGUCAGGGGCGAGUGGAUCGACGCGUGGUCGCCGACCACUUAGCGGCUGCCCUGUCACACUUGGGACGGCUAUUCACCUCUCUCGGUAAUGAACGCCGAGAGAGUGUGCUGAACAGGGUAGCCCCGGACCUGCGGUCCCUGGUUACCAGGGACCAUCUCGACGAGGAGGGUGCUGCCCAACUAUUUGGGCAGCAGUUCCUCGACCAGAUUCGAAUGCGAAACGAGACGUACAAGGUCCUCAGGGAAGCCCGACAGGGCACACAGAGGGGCAGCCCGAGGAACCUGCUCUGAAACGAAGCCGCCCGG